UCAGACCUCUGUCGUGCCCGCGCCCGCGCUCCCGCGUCGUGUGCGAUAGCGUGUUCAAGAAGCAGCAGCAGCAGCAGCAGCAGCCCGCGGCUUAGUGCUGUGUUUCCCGUGAACUCUGCUCGGGCAGGCGGGGCGGUUCAGCGCAGGACGUGAGAGAGACGCGGAAAAGCUGCAGCUGGUUUUCGGCGCCCCGACGGCCACUGACCGGAGCUCCUACACACACAUACACACACAGACACACAGACAGGCCACUGUUGAGGAAUGGAAGCUGAUCAGAAUCAGGAAGUGCCGGAGGCAGUUGCUCAGACCCAUGUGGCAGAGACAGAAUUGCCCGCUCCUGAGCAGCUCAAAUCUGAGGAGGUGAAUGAGACACCAGAGAAGCUAGCGGUGGAAGAUUCUAAACCAGAGAUACAGUCCACAGAACAAACACCUGAGGUGGAGCCUGCCAAGGAUAAUGCAUCCCCUGAGACAGCCACAGAGCCAGAGAAAUUGCCUGAGAAGGAGGAAGUAGCAGAAGUAGUCCUGGAGAAAGCUGUCGAGGUGGAAAAAUCUGCUGAGGAACCAGCUGAGGUCGAGAAAACGCCAGAGAUCGAAGCGGUGGAGAAACAUAUAACUGAACCAGUGGAGCCAGAGAAGAAAGCAGAAACUGAACAAAAGGCAAAUCCAGAAGAAGAUGGGAAAGCAGAGCCCGCUGCAUCAGAGCCUCCUGCCGCGAAUGAAGCUGCACCAACCGAGCUGGUAAACGAGGCAGAGAAAGCAGAAGCCAAACCAACUGAGGAGGAAAAGCCUUCCGAGGCUCAAGCAGUUCAAGCUGAGCCCCCAAAAGAGGUGGAGGCACAACCAAAAGAACCAGCGCUCCCUUUGUUCUAUGGCUGGUUCCUGAUCUCUGAAGUUGAAGAGAAGAUAAAGUGUUCCACAAUGGAGUUCCUGAAGACGCUGGACACUCUGGAGGCCUUCAAGAAACAUAUCAGUGAAUUUACUGGGGACGCAGACAAGGAGGUGGAUCUGGAGCAGUACUUCCAGACCAAAGCACCGCUCCACUGCACUACUGAGUUCUGUGACUAUGGAAAGGCAGAGGGAGGAAAAGAAUAUGCUGAACAGCAGGUGGUUAAAGAUUCCUGUGGAACAGGAACAGAACUAUCUGUUGUUGGUCUCAUAGUGACUCCUCGCACAUUCGGUGCCCGUGUGUCACUUACCCCUGAGCAGCUGUUGCUGUGGCCCACAGGAGCUGAUAAAUUGGGGAUUCCUCCAGCUGACCUCCCCGGUGUCGAGGCCCUUCCAGUGGGCAGCCGCGCUCAUGUGACCCUAGGCUGCGCAGCAGGCGUGGAGGCUGUUCAAACCGGUAUAGACCUGCUGGAGAUCCUGAUCCUCCAGCAAGGAGAAGAGAAAGCAGUCACAGUGGAAGAGCUGGAGCUGGGCACGCUCUCAUACAUGGGCCAGGGUCGCUGGUAUCUGGCUCUAAGGGAGCCGGUCACAUGCGAUGCCACAUUCUCGAGCUUCUCUGAAGAGCAGCGUCCCACUGAACCAGCCAAGAAGGAGGGCGGGGAGAAAAAGAAGAAGCUAAAGUGCUCCAUUCUGUGAGGAGAUAGAGAGAGAUGAUGAGGGGUGACGGUGUUCUAGGGCUGAGACUGGUUUUGUGUAUGUGUGGCUGUGUGUGAAUGUUUUUCAGCUUUAGUGCUGGGUGAGGGCGAUUGGUACGUACUACACCACCUCACCAUUCCAAAGCGACCUCUCUUAGCAGGUGCCUUUUCCUUUCGCUUGGCAGCACAAGCGUCAAGGCCUUAGAAUCUGCCUUACGAUCAAGAAUCACCGUGCUGUAGCUCGUAGUUCACUCUGUGCAAGGUGCUCGCUCACUCUGCGUUACUCCUGUUUCCUCCUGCACUGCAGCAUUCGGUCUUCCCUGCACUUAAUGUAAUUGAUUGCUUAUCUAAAUGUAUUGAUCUAUUAGGUUGUAUGAGCAGCAGCAGUCCGAGUUCCUGUUUUUCAGGCAGACUGAAAUGAUUUGAUACCUUUACAUAUUUUGAAAUUAGACAGCCUGUAAUUGCCAAAUUAAUGAUUUGUUAGGUUUGGUACGAAGUGUGUAUGACGGUUGGCCUUGGUGUGUGUGUUUGUAGUGUGUCAGAACUUUUUUCCUCUCUCUUUGUUCUCAGAUGUAAUAACAUUUGUGAUGAAUUUCACUCAGAUUGCAUGCUGUUUGUGUCCAGCUUUACAGUCACACCCAACUCCUAUCCAUCUUUAAUGUGUACAGUCGCAGACCUGUUAACAGUUUCUCCUUAGCUACUAAUUUUCUCUCUGUAUUCAGUAUAGAUGGCUGUUUGCCGGUGGGAGUGAAACAGUGUCUUGCCUAACUCUCGUGUUCACACAGCGUUGCAGUCACUUCAUGGCAGAUGAGUUCCUGUUAACUUGUAUUAUCCUUUUCUUUAGCUUUUGAGCUAGUCUCACUUUUGCUCUUUCCAGCUGUGGUCACUUUUGACAAGCUGCACUCAGAAUACUGUGACUGGCCACUGCCCUGAUGCCUUCGUCUCUAAUGGGGUGGUAUAAGGCAGAAGCCGUGCUUAUGUAGGCCUCACAUGUCGAGGCGCUGUAUUUUUGCACUUAUUCUUUUUUUGUACACUUAAUAAACAAUUUGCUUGGCUCUGA